AUGUCCUUGUCCCUGGUGUCCUCUUCAAGGCUGUCCGCGGGGGGCGGGCUGGCGCGGGGUGGCGGCGGGGCCAGGUUGGGGUUGGGGCUGGGUCUCGGCGGAGGUGCCGGCCUGGGUUUGGGAGGGGGCCUGGGUUUGGGGAUGGGGCUGGGGCUGGGAGGGGGAGCCGGGCUGGGCCUGGGGUUAGGCAGCGGAGCGGGGGCAGGGUUCGGGCUCGGGUUGGGGCUGGGUGGCGGAGGAGGUGCUGGAGCCGGAGCCGGUGGCGCGCUGGCGAUCAGCCCCGCCUUCGCCAUGGGCCGCACCAUUGCGGCCGGUGGGCUGAGCGCCGGCUCAGCGCUGGCGGCGGGGCCCGCCCUGGCGUCCGCCGCCGUGCCCGUCCUCUCGCGCGAGGCGGAGAAGCAUACCCUCUCCACCCUGAACGACCGCUUCUCCGCCUACAUCGCCAAGGUGCAGGCGCUGCAACAGGAGAACGCCGCCCUGGAGGCCAAGCUGUCGCAGCUGACCGGCGGCACGGACAUGUCGCCCGAGUCCUCCAGCGCCACCACCGUGGAGUACGAGGCCCAGCUCGGCGAGUACCGCAGCACGCUGGAGACGCUCACGCUCGACACCGUCAAGCUGGAGAUCGAGCUGGACAACGUGCGCGGCACCGCCCACGAGCUCAAAGCCAAGUUAGAUUUCGAACAGGGUGUGAAAUUCCAGCUGGAGGCUGACAUUGCUGCUAUGAAGAAGGAUAUUGAGGCGGCAUCCGAAAUGCGCAUCGAGCUGGACGCCAAGUACAGCAGCUUAAAGAACGAGCUGGAAUUCGUCACCAAGACCCAGGAAGAGGAGCUGUCCUCCCUCCAGUCCAAGCUGGGAACCAGCACCAUGGAAACGUCUGUGUCUAUGAUCGAGGUGGACACCGGCAAGUCCUUCGACAUCACGGACGCGCUCAACAAGAUGAGGAUGGAGUACGAGAAGUCAGUGCAGCAGCACAAAGAGGAGGCAGACAACUAUUACAAACUCAAGAUGGAGGAGAUUCAGACAGCGACGGAAAAGAGCACAGAGGCCCUCUCCACCGCCAAGCUGGAGGUUACAUCCGCCAAGAAGGAGCUGCAGGCCCUGAGCUUAGAGCUGCAGAGCCUGCUGUCCACGCACCUCACCUUGGAGCACAGUCUGGCAGAGGCGCAGGCCCACUCCACCGUGGGUGUGGCUGAGUACCAGGCCCAGAUCGCCAGCCUGACCUCGGCCAUCGAGGUGGCCAAGUCCGACCUGCACAAGAAGAUCCUCGCCUACCAGGAGCUACUGGACAUCAAGCUGGCCCUGGAUGUGGAGAUAUCUACUUACAGGAAACUGCUGGAGGGGAACGACUUCAAAAUGCCAGAGUCCUUCACAGAAACCAGCUACACAUUCUCAGGGUGGGAUGCCCCACACUCCAGCACCCCCCAGAACACCCCCCCACACUCCGUCCAAGGAGACACGCUAACUAGAUACCUGGCAGCUGGGGCUGGAGGGAUACAGGUAAAAGAAAUCAUCACAGAACACACAGAAACCUCCGUCAUCUCCGACGCAGAGUCUGCCUGAGUCCCACAUAGGUCACUGGGCCACCUGGACGUCCUGCCACGGCACACCUCCACACCCACGCUCAUGCCCACCCCAUCCUACCUCUCUCGUCUCCUCCUGGAGCAUGAACCCCCCUC